AUGGCCGGGGCGGGGUCGGGGCCGCAAGUGGGCGGGGCCGCAGGUGGCAUCGGGGCCGACGUGGGCGACGGGGCCGCAGGUGGCGACAGGGCCGCAGGUGGCAGGGCCGCAGGUGACGACGGGGCCGCAGUGAGCGACGGGGCCACGGUGGGCGGGGCCGCAGGUGGCGACGGGGCCGUGGUGGACGACGGGGCCGCAAGGGUAGGCGGGGCCGCAGGUGGCGACGGGGCCGAAGGUGGCGGGGCCGCAGAUGGCGACGGGGCCGCAGCGGGCGACGGGGCCGCAUGUGGCGACGGGGCCGCAGGUGACGACUGGGCCGCAAGUGGGCGGGGCCGCAGGUGGCGACGGGGCUGGGGCCGCAAGGAGGCGACGGGGCCGGGGCCGCAGGUGGGCGACUGGGCCGGGGCCGUAGUGAGGCGACGGGGCCGCAGGGCCGCAGGUAGGCGAUGGGGCCGGGGCCGCAGGAAGGCGACGGGGCUGGGGCCGCAGGUAGGCAACGGGGCCGUAGGGCCGCAGGUAGGCGACGGGGCCGUAGAGCCGUAG